AGCAUAGGAAACAAUUGUUUUCUGUGCUGUGAUUGGCAGGUUCCAAUUUCUCAAUGUAAAUGUUUUGUGGUUUUGACAUCUAAUACUACAUCAUACUACAUAACCGGGCAAAUUACUUCCAUGAGUCUUUCCAAGUUAGAAGAAACAUGCAUUUGAGAUUAAUUAAUAGAAUGAAAUAGAACAUUAAUACCACAGUAUUUCGAUACUAAAACUGUGUAUAUAUUUUAUGACUAUCAAGUAACAUGAAUAACUUGAGAAGCUUGUUAUCUCAUCAUGGUCCCAUACCAAACACUUUAUACAGGCAUUACGCAUUCAAGAGCGACUUAAAAAUUAAAUGGGUUCGACCUGAAAAGAUUCCUUGUUACAAGCCUGCAAAGAGCGGCGACUUAGAGAGCUUUCCUGGAAUUGAUAAAAAGCAGCCAAUACUGGAUUUUAGAGAUUCAAAAGAACUGGAAACGGCUGACGACAAUGUGAAAAAAUUGUUUUCUUUAGAGUUUGCACCCCAAAAAUACACACACAGGGUUUAUUUCCACGAAUUCGUAGAUAAGGUUAAGAGACACGAGUAUGAUAUUGCUUCUAUAGAGGUUAAAAUAGCUAAAUGGACAGGUGUUAUAAGGGCUUUCCAGGAAUGCAUGGAGAGAUUUCCACGCAACAAGAGACUAAAAGUAAGUCUCAAAGAGCUGAUUGAUAAGCGCAAAAAGCACUUGAAGUAUCUGAGGAGGUGGGAUUAUAAACGCUUUGAGUGGUUGCUAGAAACAAUAAAUAUGGUGUAUAAACCACCACCAAAUGAAUUUCAUUGGAUCACUAGAAAGGAUUCAUUGAGGAAGCUAACAGAUCAGCAUUGUGAAAAAAUCAGAUCAGAACGACUAAAUCAGUAUAAGCAGCAACUUGAAAAUGAACAGCCAGCAUUCUUGGAAGAGAAAAUCAGAACUCUACAAUUCAUUAGAGAAGAACAGAAAGAAUGUGGUGCUGAAGUAACAGUUACUGAAGAAGAAAUAGAUAAUUGUAGGAAACUACUAGAUGAAUUGAAAUUGAAGAAAAAAGAUGACAAAGAUAAAAAAUAUUGAAAUGUUAACUUUUUUAAAUAAAACAUGGUUUAUUGGAUGUUGCACUACCUCUCAGACGAUUUAUAUUCCUGCCUCAGACUUGCUGAUUUAGUAUAGGAUUAAUUUGUAAUAAAACUAAACAUGUCACAUAGAGAACAAAAAGUCACAUAUGAGUUUUUAGUUUAUUUGAAGAUGUACAUGCACAAAUAAAAUAAAUAAAAUAUUACAUUGAAAAUUUUUCUAUGAAUGAUAUUUCUUACAACAGUAAAAUCAGUCAAUUUCCUAAAAGCAAAAUAUUGCAGAAAUAUCAUUGUACCAAUCAAGUUACAAUCGUUGCUAGACUGAAUAUUUUUUUGAAAUAUGUAUAUCACAGAACAAAACAUCCUAAGAAAAAUAUUCUUGGUGAAAAUAUUUGUAAUUUUCCACUUUUGUUAAUAGAUUUCAACGGACACCAUCAAAAUAAAACUGGAAAUGGUUUUUGAGUGGUUCCUUACAAAAUGAAUGCAUCUAGAAUAGAAGUGUAAACAAACAAUUUCGAUCAAAUCAUGAAUUUAAGACAUAUGGACUUAAAAUUACAAUAAUAUCUAAAAACAAACAUGUGGUUCUCACUUUGUUCAUAUUGCUAAGUAAUUUGAACACCAGUACCUUUUCAACUUCAACUAUAAAAUUGUUGAAAUGCACAAUUUUUAGCUCAAAUGGCAACUUACUCAAAUCAGUUAAUUCAAAAACUCUUUACUCAAGGAUACACUGGAAAUCUUUGCCCAAAAG